GUAUACAUUCAAGCAAUAACCAUGUUAAAUUCAUAUUUAUUAGUUUAAUCGACAUUGCGAGUUUUCGACUCUUUAAUGUUAUCGGCUUCGAGGACUUCAAGAGCAACCGUGUCAGAUGUUGCCACUCUUGGAUGCUUAAUAGCAUUACUACCAAAAUAUCGAACAAUCGUAUUUAAUGCUGUUCAUUGUUUCCUGGAUUUAAUCAGUGCAGUAUUCAUUUUACGCCCGUGGAAUUAUGGACACAAUUAAUUUUCUUAAUUAUAUAGAAAAAAGACAACUCGGUUAUGGCAGAUUUAAAAGCAAUUUGAAUGAUAUGCUUAUUGAACAAAUGGGUUAUGUACCUCAAACAAAUGAUAAUACACACAAUACAAAUACUCAUGUUGGAAAUACUUUUGCUUGUAAGUUCAGUAGAAAUAAAAAUAAUUUACACAUAGUUGGUGUUUCAACUGAACAUGGAGAAAUAAUUGUUCAAAAUACUAUUGGUCAUUACAAUGACCAAAAUAAACAGUUUAAAAGAAAUGCUGUACAUGACAAUGCUAUUUUUAACUUUGCGUGGGCUGAGCCACAAAUGAAAUUAAUAACGGCCUGCGGAGACCAAUCCUCAAAAUUAUGUAAUUUAAGCCCUGAUGGGGCACUUGAUGAAGAAAGAGAAUUUAUUUAUAAUUCUUCUGUUAAAAGUGUGAUGUUUUGUCCUGGAUCUUCAGAUGUAUUUUGUGGUGGAUGCYAAGAUGGUUCAAUAAAAAUCUGGGAUGCACGUUUAAAUAAUGCUCAAAGAGUUUUGGAGUUUGAACAUAAUAUACCUAAUACACAUGGAAUUUAUGGAUCAAUGUUAAAAAAAAAGAAAUCAAGAAAAAUAUUUGGAAUAUCUUCUGUGAUAUUUAAAACUGAUCGAACUGUUAUAUCGUGUUCUUCCAUGGAUCAUGAUAUCAAACUAUGGGAUUUACGUAAAAGUUACCGCCAAGUAAAUGGCAAUACAGAACCUUUACCACUCAUGAAAUAUUUUAAUGAAAUAGAAAUUUCACCACGGAAUAAUGGUUAUAUUGAUAUAAUAACAAAUCCUCAAUCUACUCUAAUGUAUGCAAGUUGUAUAAAUAAUGUUAUUUACUGUUAUUCAUUGGAUUCUACAGAAACAAAGCCAAUAUGCCAGUACUCUGGUCAUUUACAUGAAACUGGGUACUCGAAAAUUAKUAUUAGUCACGAUGGCCGUUAUCUGUUCAGUGGUUGUAUGGAAAAAAUAGGCAUAAUAUGGUUGACAAAUUUUCCAUACAAUGAAAAUCCAAUGUUUAAAAUAAAAGAUAAUUGUGAUAAAAAAUUAUGUAAGAAGGAAUUGAGUACUUCAGACUGGUGUGCAGAUUCAACAAGUAUUAAAUUGGUAACAAGUAGUGAUUCAAUGCCAAUGGUGUGGUCAGUACUUACUCAUGAACAAAAAAAAUCUGAAGAAUCUUCAUUUUGCCGAACUUCAUUUUAUAAAAAAAAAUUUUCAAAAAAAAUGUGUACUGUUCCUAUUAAAUUUGAACCGGAACUCAAAGAUAAAUAUAAAAAAGAAACAGAAGAAACCAUGGAAAAUUGGAAUGAACAGUAUCAAAACUUUGUUUCAAAUGCAGAAUAUUUAAACGUGACUCCUAAAAAACCAUGGGAAGUUUUAUUUUGUACCAAGACUACAUCUUCAUUGUCCGCCAAAAUAUCAUCUCAAUCAGAAACAACAUCUACACAUUCUACACUCGUGGUUUCUAAUCAAAUCCCUGAAGUAGUUACACCAACUUCAAGUAAAAAAAGGAAAAAAAGUAUUGUGUCCCCUAAAAGUUUAAUUGACCAAUAUUUGGUGCCAAAGACUAAACGUGAAAAAUUAGAUACUGUUCAUGAAAUAUAGUUGUUAAAUAAAAUAAUAAAAUAAACCCGCAGUUUAUUUUAUGUGGACUGACUAUUAUUAUGUAUGGGCAGAAAUUUGUGUUAAAAAAAUUAUACUUUUUAUUUUAUCACAUUAUUUCUGAUCUCAGUGAUUAUAUAUUAAAUAC